UUCGCCGAACUAGCAUCGUAAGGAGUCGGAUUUGGUGAGGAGCGGGUAUGCGACGGUCUGCAAUGAAAGCUUCUUGCAUAUUUGUCUUAAUUUUAAUCUACCUGUCCACUUUGAAUUCAAAAGCAGCGCUUGCAGAAGACGACGAUUAUCCAAUAAUUAACACAAAAAAUGGUCGCGUUAAAGGAAAGAUUCUGAAGUUGACGAACGGCCGAGAAGUAGCAGCGUUCCUGGGAAUAUUUUUCGCCGAACCCCCUGUUGGUCAUUUAAGGUUCAAGGCCCCAGUUCCUAAAGCUCCAUGGAAAGGUAUCUUCAAUGCUACGACCUUCGGACCUUUAUGUGCCCAAAGCAAAAACAGAUCUCAUUGGGAUAUAGUUACCACGGCUAAAGGCAAAAAAGUAUUACGCAGAUUGGGCCUGUGGAAUUAUUCUCAAGGAGAAGAUUGCCUAAAUCUAAACAUUUACGUACCAGCUGAGGCUCUUCCUAGCAGAAGCAAGACCAAUAAACCAUUAUCAGUAAUGUUCUUCAUACAUGGAGGAUCAUACAAAACGAAUGGAGGAAGAUUCUAUCCAGGCGAGUGGUUGGCCUCUGCUGGACAAGUUAUAGUUGUGACUGUUAACUACAGAUUAGGUGUUUUAGGCUUUCUUAGUACUGAAGAUUCGAAUGCUAAAGGUAACUACGGUUUACUAGACCAAAUUUUAGCCUUGAAAUGGGUCAAAGAAAAUAUUGCUGCAUUUGGUGGCAAUUCUACAGACGUUACAAUAUUUGGCAAUAGUGCAGGUGGAGCCUGUGUUGGAUUGCAUCUCGUAUCACCAGUUUCUAGAGGUAAGAUUUUUCUUGUUAUUGAAUUAAUAAUGUCAUUUUGGAGUAGGAAUGGAUCAGAUUUAGGAGUUGCUGUACGUUUGAAAGACCAGUGUCAAUACCAAAAGAUAACAGAUUUCUUUGAUAGUUUUUAUCGAAUUAAUACCGUCAUUUUGAGCAUGGAUCGAUUAGAAUUUGGAGUUGCUUUCCUUUUCCUUCCUCAUUUGCCCUUUCGUUCUGGAGAAAACGAUCCAAUUUCGUUGUGUUUCCUCAAAAUUAGAGAAACGCUUGAUUUUCCAACAUCAGUCGCAGAAACACUUAUACAUAUACUAUAUUCAGAACACUCCCUUUUAUUC